GCACUCUCGCAUCCUCCACCAGUCAGCUGAUCCCGGGGAGGAAGCUACAGAUGUCAGCAGAAGGAAACCUGUACGCGGAUCGAACAACUGGAGGACAACACCGCGAUUACCAGAGCCGUGGAGGAUACAGGUACAUAGCGCGCGGACAUGAAUGCCUUUGCAGUGCUAAGGACCGGGCGCAAGAUGCCCCUCAUUGGGCUGGGCACAUGGAAGAGUGAGCCUGGGAAGGUCAAACAAGCGGUGAUGUGGGCCUUACAGAGCGGGUACCGCCACAUUGACUGUGCCUCUAUCUACAGCAACGAGGCGGAGAUCGGAGAAGCUCUGCAGGAGAUGUUUGGGGCAGGAAAGGCCCUGAGGCGAGAGGACGUCUUCAUCACUUCUAAACUGUGGAACACCAAACACCACCCUGACGAUGUAGAGCCCUCACUGCUCCAGAGCCUGAAGGACUUGCACCUCGACUACUUGGACCUCUACCUCAUCCACUGGCCCUAUGCCUUCCAGCGAGGAGAUGUGUCAUUCCCCCGGGCAGAGGGCGGUGCACUGCUCUACGAUGACACGGACUAUAAGGAGACGUGGGCGGCCAUGGAGAGGCUAGUCGAGAAAGGCCUGGUGCGAGCCAUUGGCCUUUCCAACUUCAACAGCCGACAGAUGGAUGACAUCAUUGCUGUUUCCACUAUUCAACCCGCUGUGCUGCAGGUGGAGGCUCAUCCGUACCUAUCUCAGGAGCAGCUGCUGUCUCACUGUCAGGAGCGAGGUGUGAUCCUGACUGCAUACAGCCCCCUGGGGUCAGCUGACCGUGCCUGGAAGCAUCCUGACGAGCCCGUGCUUCUGCAGGAGCCUGUUAUCCAUGUUUUGGCCUCAAAGUACCACAAGAGCCCUGCUCAGAUUCUCCUCAGGUGGCAGACACAGAGGGGUGUGGUCGCAAUCCCAAAGAGUGUCACGGAGUCUCGCAUUAAAGAGAAUAUACAGGUGUUUGACUUCAGCCUGCAGCCUGAGGAGAUGGACAGCAUCAGUGCUCUUAACCGCAACUGGCGCUACAUCGUCCCCAUGGUGGAAGUGGACGGGAAGCGUGUUCCCCGUGAUGCAGGUCAUCCUCACUACCCUUUCAAUGACCCGUACUGAUCUGGACUGCUGCCUCAGCCUGUGCCAUCCUCUCAGCCUGGAUUAGGAUUUCUAUACAUCGCACUGUCACUGUGAUGAGAGAAAACAUGCAAGGGAGGUCCUUUUUUUAAUAAAAAUUUGUUACAUUGUU